AUGUCGGCAACUCAAAUUCAACAGAACGGCUGGACCUCCGUGCCAUUGGACCCAAGCAAGCUCUUUAACGGCGAGCCAUACAAGAAUGUCCCAGGACCACUUCUCGUCGCCGACAUCAAAUUCCCCAAUGAUGAUCACAUCGUCGCCAAAGUCCAAAGCUAUGCCAAAGACAAGCUACCUAUCGAAACUUUCAAUCACAGCAUGAGAGUGUUUUAUUUCGCCAGCGCUAUUAUUAAACAACAAUUUCCCGAGCAUGCCGACGCAUUUUCUCCCUCGACUCUUGCUCUAGUUUCCCUCUUACAUGACAUUGGCACCGCUGAGGAAAACCUGGCUGCCACCAACAUGUCAUUUGAGUUUUAUGGAGGAUUCAAAGCCCUCAACCUCCUUUUGAAGCUUGGAGCCUCCAAAGACCAGGCCGAGGCUAUUGCCGAGACCAUUAUUCGUCACCAAGAUCUUGGCACAGUCGGCAACAUUACGUUCCUGGGCCAAGUUAUCCAGCUAGCCACUAUCUAUGAUAACGCCAGCAACCACCCAUAUGUCCAAAACAUUACGGAAAUUAUUCACAACGACACUCUGAAGGAUGUCGUCAAGGCCUUCCCUCGCAUGCAGUGGCUUGGAUGCUUUGCGAAAACAAUUGACCGAGAGGAGGCGCUCAAGCCGUGGUGCCAUAGCACUCAUAUUCCCGGCUUUUCCAAGGUGAUUCUCAACAACAGCUUUAUGCAACAAUAUGAGUAA